AUUCAACCAAUGAACAGGCUAGUCGUUGUUGUUACCGAUUAGACGUGCGCUUGCUUUUAACCGACCACUGUUGUUUACUAAAUACCGAUUUGUAUAAUUUAAAGAAUUAGUACUUACCGAUAAUAAUAUAUCAUAUUAUAUUAUAACGAUUAUUGUGGAUACCGACAUCAAUCGUUGGUGAUUAUUUUAUUGCGUUCGGUAUUUUUGUUCGUUUAAAAUAAACAGUGUUAUUGUCAUUGUUAUCCCAACGCGUAUCGCUGUUCUUUUGUUGUAAUCGAACUGUGCAUCGAUUAUUAAUGAUGGACAACCAAAGAGCAACGUCAAGUUCUACAUUUCAACCGCAACAAACUGCACAACCGUCAGUCGAAUCACUACUAUUCAAUGAUAUUAUUGAAGAGAAGAGUCAAAUUUUAAGUGAUUUGAUGAAUCAAUUUUUACAAGUACAGCCUUUCAGUAAAUUUGAAUCGGAAUUCAAUUCAUUUCUAAGUCGCAUUAAACACAUCACAAGGGAAGAACAGCGCAAAGGCACAUACCGUCACCUAAUACAGAUACCUUCGGAUAAAGACACUCCGACUAAAAAUGAUGCGUCACGGGAAAACAAUCGGCCAAAUAUUGAAUCCUUCAAUCAAGAUCAGUCUAAUUGUUCUGAAAGAAGCGAGGAAAAAACUAAAAUCAAGAACUUAACCAACUGGUCGGUAAAUUUGAAGGAAAUUAAAUCAAAUAAGGGCAAUUCAAAAUCAGUCAUCACAUUAACAGGUACUUUAUUAGCAAGAGAUCAAAUUACGGAAUUGAAGAAAGUUCAUAAAGCUGGUGUUUUGGUAGCUCGAAAAACAAAAAAUAUUAUCAAAACAGAUAAAGGAUUAUACCAUCUAAUUGGUUCAAUUACUGAAGGAUCUCCACUUAAUUUAUUUCAUGCAUGUAUAAAAACAAAUGGUAUUCCAAAGACCUGGAGAAGUAUUUUAAUGCCAUUGAAAACAAAAGUUGAAGUUAAUCUCAAUGAAAGUGUGACUAGAAAAGGCACAAUCUAUAACAAGGAAAAAAAAGCUAAUGACAAUGUUCCUGAAACAGAAGAGUUUUCUGAAGAAGAUUUACCUCGUGAGUUACUCAAUGGUCUCAAUGAUAGGGAUUUUCGUCGACAAUUGUUAAAACUAUCAAUACCGAAAACAACAAAAUCAUUUGGAGGAUGUCAAACUCCUAGUCAACUUUUAAAGCAAAAAUUUCAUCGAAAGUUUGUUAAAGCUUGCUUAAUCAUUGGCAGUCUAGAAAAUACAGAUGAACAAUGAAUUAAAACAACGGAAUUUCAAACGGUGCUUAUACUAUAAAGAAAUUGGACAAUUUUAAACAUGCAUUAAAUUCAAUGAACUUGACUCCAAAAGUGUUGUGUCCAUAUAUAUUUUUGUUAACUUAUUUUUGUUUUGUUUUUAAUUAAAACUGAAACUUGUUAUAUUUGUUUGUAUUCCUAUUAGUUUCAUAUUUAAAAUUAAUGUUUUUGUUAUGUUUAAAUGGUAUUAAACGCAUUGUUGCGUAAAAGCAAUAUUUAAAGACUUGCUAAGUAUUUCAAAGUUUUUUUAUAUGAAUUUGAUUUAUUGUUUUUAAUUAAUCUACAUUAAUAUAAGAUAUUGCAUAAUUAUCUUGACUCCGCAUUACAUGUACUGCAACAAUUUUUUUUUUUUUUUAUCAUUUUUUUCAUUACCACUAAUUUUUAAUUUUGUAUAAGUACUUUGGCUUUUAUUAUUAUAUUCAAUUAGAAGAAGUAAAUAAAGAAUUUAAGGCCAUAUUUCAUUGUAUAACUAUCAGCAUUUUAUUUUUGCUGCUGUUAUUCUCAUUUUUUUUUUUCGUGUAGUUAACUUAUUGAAUAAAACGAAUGUUUAAAAUAAAAUAAUUUGUUAACAUUCUCUCACCAAGAAAUUACUGAUACCUAUAAAAAUAAAAAUUAUAGGUAUGUUAUUUUUUACAAUAUUAUACAUUAAAACCUCUCUGUAACAGAAUCACUUGUGUCCAACAACUUUUUCUGUUAUAAAGAGUUUUUCGUUAUAGGGAGAUAGAAUUAUAAUAUAUUAUUUGAACCGAGGCUAUUGACGUUUUCCAUUAUAAGGAGCAAUCCGUCUAAUAGAGGGUCUGUUAGAGAAAAUUUUUACUGUAAUCAGUAACUAUACUACUCUGAUACGACUUGACUGAUUUUUAAAUUUUUCUAUUAAUUAGCAUUCUAUGCAUUUAUAAUUAAUUCAGUGGUGUUAAGGACUCAACCAAAUUUAUUAAAAAAAUAUGCAUACUGUUUUUUUUAUUUAACAACAAAGAAAUAGAAUGCAACUAGGGCCUCAAACUUAAAACGAAAAUGGUCUAUUAGUCUAAAUGUCAAUACAAAGUUCUUCAUA